AUGGCACCGCCGAAUGGCCACUCGCAGAAGCGCCAGGAGCUGGCGCAACAGUGGCUGUGCAAGUGGUGCACCCACCCGUCCACAGGACAGCGCUGGUGGAACCAUGCAGACAAGAAGGAGUGCGGGUCCUGCGCGCAGCCCAAGGGCCUGGUCUUCUUCGGCCCGAUGCCUCCACCUGGAGGCAGCGGGUCGCCUUCGGUCUCGGGCAAGCAGAAGGCCAACAUGGAGCGCAAGGCUGCUGCCGAGGCAGAGCGUUCCAAGUCCGCCUUGCAGGAGAAGGGCCGUGAGAUCGCCAGGCUCAAAGAGCAGCUGGCAGCCAAGCGCGGACAGCCAGACGCCAUGGACGUCGACGCGGAGCCCACCGAGCCAGAUGCCCAGGCGGCGCUGGCCGAGCUGGCCGCGGCGACCCAGGCGAUCGGGAGCCCUUCUGAUCCCAUCCUGGUCAAGGCGAAACAGGACAUGGUCCAGCAGCAAGCCACCCUUCGGGCGAAGAUGCUGCCCGACAAGCCGAUCGGGGCCAAGCUGCACCGGAAGCAGAUCGCCGAGGCGGAGGCAGCCGUGGAGGCUACCAGCCGCGAGCUCGCGGUGGUGGAGGCCGUGCGGGCUGCAGCGGCCUCGCAGGCGCCCCUGCCCAAGCCAGGGGUCCACUCUCUCCGCGCUGCGAUCCCGUGCCUCGACAUGGACGUCGGCGCGCUCGGCCAGCUCCUCCAGGGGCUCGGCGCCGACGGCAGCCUUGCCGAGAGCGCCUCGAAGAAUUUCGAGGAGCUGCGCAAGUUGGGGCGCGCG